AUGGCCGGAAAAAACAAAAAGAAGAAGAAUAAGAACAACAAUACUAGCCGCCUUCCUGUCGGUGCAACCAACUCAAGUCCUGAGACUACAGACCUCCCAGAAGAGCCCGCCGCCCCGGAGUCGGUGGCCGUAGGCUCCGAAGAUGAGCUCGCAAAACUUCCAGUCCAGGACAACAACGAGCCCAGUGCUACCGAACCAGCGAAAGAACCAGCCCCUGCUGCCGAAGUCAAGGCAGAGGAGCCCUCGAGCUCUCCGGAUGAAAGCUCAUCGAUACCUGAGCCUGCAGAAUCCCCCGAGGCAACGACGCCCCCGGCAGACGAGCCACCUGCUGAAGCCACCAAUGCAUCAGGCGAGGAUGCAAAAGUGGAAACUCAGGAAGCAGCCGCUACCGAUGAAGCCGCUCCGAACCAAGAGGGUGAAGGCGCUCCAGACGGAGCCGCUACGGAGCCCCCUGCGGAAGCUGCAGAGCCCGAAAAGGCCGCUGAAAGCGAACCCUCCGCCGAAGACGAUACUGGGGCAAAGCCCAGCAACGAGAAUGGAGAGAAUGACGAAGAUUUUCCACCAGUUGACCCUGAGGAUGGACAAGAUGGAGUAGAAUCGGAAAAGGAGGAAGCGGCAAAGCAAGCUGCUGAAGAUGCCGAGGAAGCUCUUUCUCAAGUAGGCGGCGAGAAGAACGAUGCUCCAGCCGAGGAUGCCCCAGCGGAAGACGCUCCUUCUGAAGAAGCUCCAGCUGCAGAAUGUCCGGCAGAGGAUGCCCCAGCCGAAGAUGCUGCAGCUCAAGCCGUUUCCGACGACGCUAAAGUGGAAGAGCCUGCAUCGCAGGAAGCUACACCUGAUGCUGCUGCUGCGGAAGAAACUCUUGCCGAAGAGCCCGCUGCCGAAGCAGGAGAUAGUGCUGCCCAGACCGAUGGGCCAUCUGCAACCGAAGCUCCUCAGGCCGCGGAAGCCAGCCCCGAGGCUGAAGAGGCCGCUCCAGUCGAAGAAGCCGCACCAACGGAAACGCCGGAAGCUGACACCAAAGCGGUUGAGGAGCCACCUGCUGAACCGAGUCCCCCUCUCGAAGACUCAGUGGAGGAGUCCCCAGCUCAAUUGUCGAAGGCGGCCAAGAAGGCGGCCAAGAAGAAGAAGAAAAAGGGUAAAGCUGGCAAAGCAGCUGAGCCGGAGGAGAUACAGACCCCUGCUGCGGAUCCAACUCCUGAGCCCGUGGCCGACAAACCCGCUUCUGAUGACCCCCCAGCCGUGGAGGAGCCUCCUGAGCCUGAAGCUAAGCCAGACGAUGCUGCGGCAGAUUUCACCGAGGACCCUGCGACAGCUGAGCCUGCGGCAGGACCAAAUACACAAAUUGAGCCUGCGAAUGAGCCUGGGACUACACCUGCAGAAGAGUCUGCCGCGUCUGAAUCACCCAAGGACGAAACGCCAGAAGCUGCUGUGGCUGACACACCUCCCGAGCCAGCAAAGGAGGAAGCCACUGAGAAACCUGCCGUAGCAGAGCCAGAAGCACGAGAACAGCCCGAGCCUACUGUAGAUGCACCCGCAGAAGAAACACCGAAGGAGAAACCACCUGCGGAUGACGCAGCUGCUGAGCCACCUGCCGAAGAAUCUGCACCAGAACUGACCUCGGACGAAACACCUGUGGCUAAAGCAUCGGCCCCGGAGCCAACUGCAGAGGACGUUGUCGACGAAGCCGCUGAUGCAGAAGCUGCCCCAACUCCGGCUGCAGAACCCGCCGAGGAGCCCGUCGAGGAGCCUGUCAUCGAGAAGCAAGCUGAAGAAGCUCCAGUCGAGGCUGCUCAUGUCGAGGAGCCGGCUCCUGCAGACGAACCUGCUGUUCCGGAGAAAUCUGCUGUUGAAGAGACUCCCGUUGCUGAAGAGACCCCCGUUGAGGAGUCAUCGAUCAAAGAGCCCGCUGUCGAAGAGCCACCAGCCGAUGACCUGAAGACCAACGAGUCCCCUAAGGAAGACUCUUUUGAGGAGCCUACCGCUGAGGCUGCUCCAAGUGAAGAAACGUCUGCCCCUGCCGACGAGCCUACCACUGAACAAUCUGUCCCCACGACCGAGGACGCCCCAGAACCUCCUGCUGAGGAGGUUGCGGCCCCUCAAGACGAACCGGAAUUGCCCGCCGCUGAACCCGAGCCCGCCGCUGAACCCGAGCCCGCCGCUGAACCCGAGCCCGCCGCUGAACCCGAGCCCGCCGCUGAACCCGAGCCCGCCGCUGAACCCGAGCCUGCCGCUGAGCCCGCCGCUGAGCCUGCCGCUGAGCCUGAGGAGACUGCUCCCGAAGCUACUGAAGUUCCGAAGGAGGAGGCAUCUGCUCCUGCUGAGCUAGGUUUGGAAGAUCCCACACCGGUUGAGCCGACCCCUGAAGCGGCGCCUGCCGAGGAGCUAGUGAAGGAGACUGCGCCAGAGCCCGAACAGACUAAGGACAUACCUGAGGAGGCACCCGUUGAACCCGAGCCAGCACCGGCACCGGCACCAUCCGAGUCACCCGCCGAGCCGCCUGUUGAUGAGCCAACUUCGGAAGCAAGUAAGGCGCCUGCUGAACCAGUGUCUCCUGCCGAAGAAGCCGCCCCCGAGGUUGGCCCUCCUACAGAUCUGGUGCCAGAGGAUCCCGAAGAAGUCCCCUUUGCUGAAGCAUCGGAACUGCCAGUGGGAGACUCAGCAGCCAGGCACAAUUCUCGUCGGCGCAAGAAGCGUCCAGUCACUGAACGUGAGCGGCGAAAUUCCAAAACUUCCUCGGAAGGACAGAAGAAAGAGCUGCUCAAGCGGCAGAAGAGCGAGCGCGGUCUGUUCACCAACCGCUGGGCAAAGGCUUUGGAAGAGGCACGCAAACAGCACGAGGAGAAGAAGAGGGCGGAAGCCAAGCAGCAGGCCAUAGCCGAAGACAAGGAGCGCAGCGGUGUUCCUCCAUCCGAUAGGUCUGUGAAGUCAUCCAAGAGUACUUCCUCUAAGGAGAAGCUGGAGGUUUCAAAGGAGAAAGAACAGCCGGUAGUUGCUGUUGAGGUCGAGCCCAAGCCAAAGGUUAAGCGUCGCUCGUCCGAAGCUGAGCCAAGCAAAUCAUCCAAGACUUCCUCGUCCUCAAAGCAGGCAUCUACCUCUGCUCCCAAACCUCGCGCCUACUUGCGAUACAUGAGCAAUGCUCCCAUGACCAACACCAAUGGACUCAUCGUGCGCCCCAACGGAACUGCCAAGCCUGCGGCACCAGCUACUGAGAAGCCCCGCCGUUCCUCCACGAGCCAGAGUCAUAGCAGUGGUAACCCUGAGCGUUCUUCAAAUGAGGAGAAGCGAUCCAGCGGACGGUCUGACAAGACUCACUCUCGACGCGAAGACGAGUCUGCUCGUCGGGAGAGGAAGACUCGACGACGCAGCUCCGUUGAGGCCGAGGUCAGCAAGCCCCAGGACAGCGAGAAAAAACCCGAAGGCUCUCGUCGCCCACACCAGAGCAGCAAGGACAAAGAUGUUCGUGCUCAUCGCCGGCACAAGCGUGAGGAGUCUCCACCUCGAGAACAGUCUAAGCUGAAGGGCUUCCUAAGAGCUAUUGUCGCUCACUAAACCGAGUACAAUUGAUUCUCAUUCCGCAUGAGGUAACUUUGUUGUGAAAUUUGGUAUUUGAUGAUAAUAUGUGAUGAAACUUUUUGAAAUAUGCGAUAUCAGAGAUGUAUGAUGUUAUGGUUGCAUGGAGGAGAGCGAGCAUUUCCGGAGUAUUGUCUUUUCAUGUCAUGAUGAGACUAAGCUCUAUCAUCCAGACUGUUAAAUAUAGCCACCAAUUUGUUUGCUUUCAUGUCUUACUAUCAAGGAAGUGGAGAUUGUUUUAUUAAUCCGAAUCCCAAGGACAAGGAAUUCAAAGCGGAAAUGUGGCUCAGCAUCUCCCUAAGAAGGGUUAUGAUUAACUUCCUCCUUGAAAAUUGCAACCCCGCGCUCUGUUGGCUUAGCGGUCAUGGCCUGGAACUGACGAGCCUGACACGCAUAGUCCGAGGUCGAGUGUACGCACCCCACGGUAGGUCCGGCGUGGGGGGUCUUUCUUUUUAUGCUCGUGAGGUUUGAUACUGUUCUGCCACAACACUAUUUCCUGCUUUUUUGAUAUGAUAUUUAUACCAUUAGAAUCAGAUUAGCUGGGAGAGAAUUAUAGACUCAUUCAAGCGAUUUGAUAAGGGUUGAUUGUUGGG